AUAUUCAAGUAUAGAGUACGGUACUUUACUGGAUACAGAACUGUUAUAGAGUUGCCUCAACAUCUGCCAUUAUGUCGAACACGUCUGUGUGUAAUGAUACCUCAGAGGCAGUGGAGUUCUUCGAGCCUCAAGGUUUGUUUCUAAAGCCGAUCGGGAAACUAAAUGUCAGUGUUCAGCUUCCCCAACUGAAAACACCUGGCAAAAGCAUCUCCAACUGGGAAGUUAUGGAGAAACUGAAAAGCAUGAUCAAACCAGACAUGUUUAUUUCUUUGAAAAUAGUCAAAAGCACCCUGGAAUUCUUAAGAUUUGAGGGUGAAGUGGAAAACAAGGGAAUGCUGAAGAACGUGUUGGCACGACUGGAGGGCAAAUUGAUUAAACUGAGCGGUUUCACAGAAAGUCUCAAAGUGCGCGCAGCUGAAGCGAAGGUGAACUUUCCCAGUCGACAUGAUUGGGAGUCGUUUUUCAGAGACGCCAAACACAUGAAUGAAAUGAAGUCCGGAGAAAGACCUGACACAUUACAUCUGAAGGAUCUGCCUUCGAGGUGGUUUGCCAACAGAAAGGAUCAGGACAAAGACAAGCCCAGUGAAUAUAUCCUGAAAAAAGUCUUUGACACGUUUGGGUGUGUGAGAUGUGUAGAUAUACCCAUGCUUGAUCCUUACCGCAAAGAAAUGGUAGCAGCCCAGAAGCAUGGCUCUAUUCAGACAUUUUCAUUUGGACAAGACCUGACCUUUGAGGCAUUUGUUCAGUUUAAUGAAUAUGUGGGGUUUGACAGGGCAAUGAGCGCCCUGAGGGGCAUGAAGCUGAUGUACAAAGGUGAAGAUGGCAAGGCAUGGACUGCUAACAUAAAGGUUGAUUUUGACAAAACCAAACACCUGACAGACAAAUCCAUAAAAAAGAGACGUAUUGAGCGUGAGAAGCUAGAAACCUUGGAGCGUCAAAGAGAAGAAAAGGUGCGCAAAGAGAGGGAAGAAGAUGAGAGGAAGAAAGCAGAGGAAAGACAAAGAAAAGAAGAUGAAGAGAGAGAACGAGAGAGAAAGCGUCUCGAUAAAUUACAGCGCCGUGAAGAUCGCAGGAAGCAGCGAGAAGAGAAACGCAAACUUAAAGCCUUGGAGAAGAAGAAAGAAGAGGAGCAAAGAAAACUCCAGUUGAAGAUUGCCUUGGAAGAAAGAAAAUUCCUCAUAGCUCAAAGGAAACUUGAAUCACUCCGGCUUUUGACUGAGUUAUUUGAAAGAGUAAAGGUCAUCAAAGCUCAGGAAGAUCUGGAGAAAAAAGAAAGGGAAUUGGAAGAGGAACGGAAAAGACAGCUUGCUUUAGAGAACAAAAGAAGAAUAGAAGAGGAAAAACGAAAAGAAGAGAUGAGGAAAAAACGAAAACUUAGGUUAGAACACCAGGAGAAAGAACUAAGGGAAAAAAUCCUUAAAAACUGGAGAACCAAAGAAGAGCGCAAGCAAGAGGUGCAAAGAGAAGAACUUAGGAAGAAACUGUCUGGGAAAAAGAAACUCAAAAGUGCUGUAGUCAUGAAGAGAUGACUAAAGAGUGUCCUGUCUGAUAGUAGACAGGAAGGAGACUUUACCUAUUAACUGUGAUGUUUCACUGAGAGUCAAAUAUUGUUCCCAUGAAGGUGUGAAGACAUUUAUAGACUACUGCCAUUUCUAAGUCUCAGUGACUAUCAUUCCUGAAUCAUUUGCAUGUCAUCUUUGCAUCCAUGUCAUUAAAGUUAAAUUUUGUCUCAUUAUUUGUUGGAUUACUUAAGGUAGAGGAGAAUAACCCACCUGGAAAUCAUUCUGUGAAGAACAUUUUAAUCCUAUUUUUUUAUUUAUUUGCUUAUAGUGUAAGUUUGUUUUUAGUACUGAAAUAAGUUAUGAAAACUUUUCAGAUGUUUUAAAAAAAAGGAUGGUGUUCCUGUUGACUUUCAUAAUGAAUGAAGAGGGCCAUGGUAUGGAGGAGUUUUACAAGUUUUGUGAUCAUGUAGGAAUUUCUCCAAAAAUACUCUUAUUUUAUUUUUAAGUCAAGUUCUGACGUAAAGUAUUUGUUUGAGUUUAAAAUUACAUUCAUUGGUUUCUUAUCCACCACUUAUUUUUAGUGUUAGUGUUUUUACUGUUUGAGAAGAGAAACAAAAGUGAUACAAACUUCAUACAAAAGAGUGAAAAGAUAUUUGUUAAA